UCACACACACACACAAAUCUGCUGUCCCGUGUGAAUAGACAUUCUUUUCUCCCUUGACUUUAACCUCUCCCACAUUAUACAACAUUCCGAGACUGCCAGCUCCAGUAAGCCAGAAGGGGCUCAAAGUACGCUGCUGCUUAGAGUUUGUGAAGUAAGAGUAGAACAAUGAGUGGCCUGAACGGGGUGACCAGUUUCGUCCUUGCGGUUUCGGUGGCCUUCCUCGGUGGCCCUCCAGGGGCUCUUGGGGGCAACAUCCUCGUCUUCCCCGUGGAUGGCAGCCACUGGGUCAACAUGAACCUCCUGAUCGAGGGACUCUACGCCCGGGGUCACCAGAUUACUGUGGUGCGCUCGGCCAGCAGUUGGUACAUCAAGGAGUCGUCGCCCCACUACCGCUCUAUCUCCAUCACUGUGCCUGGGGGCAUGGACAUUGAAAAACAAGACUUCUUUGAGUCCUUCCUCGUCAAAAUGCUGCAGAUCCAAAGGGAAGGCGCAUCGCCUUUGGCUUUUGUGUCCUUCUACUCGUACAUUCUGUCGGCGUUGUCAGGAAUGCACCAGCAGGCCAGUCAGUUUGUGGUGGAGAUGUUUGAGAACAAGGCUUUGAUGCAGAGCCUGAGGGAUAGCCAGUACGACGUGGUACUCUUGGACCCGGGGCUGCCCGUCGGGGUCCUGGUCGCCCAUAAGCUUGGGCUACCCACUGUCUUCAAUGUUCGCUGGAUCACCAGCGGAGAGGGGCAUUUCGUGGUGGCCCCCUCGCCCGUGUCCUAUGUCCCCACCGGUGGUUAUGCCACUUCAGACCAAAUGACCUUCGGCCAGCGAGUUGGGAAUGUGUUCCUCUACCUCCUCAACAUGAUCAUUGAUAUGUUCGUGAUCAGCCCACACUACGAUAGGCUGGUGAAGAGAUACUUUGAGCCGGGUACAAACUUCUACCACCUUCUGCAGGGAACGGACCUCUGGCUCAUGCGGGUGGACUUUGUGUUCGAGUUUCCCCGGCCCACCAUGCCCAACAUUGUCUACAUUGGAGGCUUCCAAUGUAAACCCUCCAAACCUCUACCGACAGAGCUGGAGGAGUUUGUCCAGAGCUCGGGAGAACACGGGGUUAUCUUGAUGUCACUGGGAACUCUUGUCAAAGGCUUGCCCGUGGAGAUCACCUCGGAGAUCGCCGCCGCUUUCGCCCAACUUCCCCAGAAGGUCAUCUGGAGGCACAUGGGCAAGCAACCCAUCGGCCUGGGCAACAACACCCUGCUGGUCAAGUGGAUGCCCCAAAACGACCUCCUGGGCCACCCCAAGGUCAAGGCCUUUGUGGCCCACGGUGGCACCAAUGGCCUUUACGAAGCCAUGUACCACGGGGUGCCGGUGGUGGGGCUUCCGCUGCUCUUCGACCAGUUCGAGAAUGUCUUACGCCUGGAGGUGCAUGGAGCGGCCAAGGUGCUUGAAGUCACCAAGAUCUCCAGCCAGAGCUUCUUGGAGGCUGUACAGGAAGUCCUCCACGAUCCGUCCUACAGGACCAGUAUGGAGCGGCUCUCAAGCCUGCACCGGGACAAGCCCACGCAUCCUCUAGACACCGCCCUCUUCUGGAUCGAAUUUGUCAUGAGACACAAAGGGGCCGCCCACCUGCGAACAGAGUCUUACAAGAUGCCCUGGUACUCCUAUCAUUCACUGGAUGUGAUUGGAGUCCUACUGGCUGUUUUGUUUGUGCUGGUAGCCAUUACUGUGGGUUCAAUCCACUUCCUGUGCCUCAGACUAUGCAGGAAGCGUAAACCCAAACAGGAGUAAGGAUUGGCUCUUGAAUAUAACAGGAAGGACCUCACUCCUUACCAUAUGACUGUGAACAAAUAAGUUCCCCUUUUUCCUCUCAAACAUGCCUGUUGGUACUCAACAAGAUAACAACAGGAUACCUUCAUAAAGUACCAGUGUUUUAUUUUUUGUUACACUGUAUAGGUUAACAUGUAUAAAGAGAGCUCACUUUGAUUUUUAGCAUAUAUAUUACAUUACCAUUGUGCUUUAGCCUUAUAACUUUUUAACUCCUAUAGUGACUGGGAUGACUAUGAGCACUACAGUUUGAUUCUUUAUGAUGAAAUAAAAUGGUUAUAAAUAACGAUAUCUGGCACCUUUAUUGUGAUCUACCAUUUGCUGGGAGAUUUUAAGUCACUGGUGUCUUAGACCUAGGACAGAACCAAUCCUAACCUGAGAUAUACACAUAUGAUAUCAAUGCAUGAUUUAUGAAAAGUUCUCAAGUUCAAGAAUCCAGCCUAUUUGGAAUAGCAUUAAAAUAUAGAUAUAUAUAUAGAUAUAUAUAUAUAUACAUACACAUGGAUGCAAUACAAAGGCUAGACUAAUGGCCGUGUCAAAAUAGUUGAAAAUAUUGGUGGGAUAUUUACAUUAGGAUGAAAUUGGAGACUAUAAAAGUUAAUGGGAGUUUUUUCAAAUACUUCUUUCACAGAUCCAUCUGUAGGGGGAGUCACAUGAUCCAUCCUGCCAGGAGUUAAGCUCUAUCUCUCUCUCUAUGGUGUUAAUGUGUCCACAAUCCUCCCCCAAAGGGUUGUCUAACUUCCAGUAAUCUGGCUAUAGGAGUUGAUGAUACAAUUCAGUUAUUUGGUAACACUUUAUAGUGACUCUCAUAAAUAAGCUUUAACCGUAAGAUGUAUUGUAAACAUGGCGCCCCAUGAAUGCAUAUGCCGGGUCAAAAUGACCCGAUAAUGUAAUAUCUGUAUUUUAUAUGGGUCUAAAAUAUUAUCAAUUUUGUGUAACAUAAUUAUUUUGAGUGAUGAUUUGCACAUUUCAAUAAAUAUUUUAUUGUUUGA